GAGGGGCCCUGGGAUCCUGGACGCUGGCUCGCGCGCAAGCUCUCGUCUCUGCCGCCCCCUGCUUUUGCCAGCGGCGAGACGGCCCUGAGAGCUGGAUCUGUAGUGGCUUCCUCGACCUCCUUGUCUUCCGCGCCCGGCUGGUUGAGGCCGGACCCGCGCGGGGGGCAGGCGGCGGCUGCUUCAGCGGAGGCGGAGGUGCGGCGGGGGGCGGGAGCCGCUGCCCUCGGAGGCGCCCGGGCCGGCCCGCGCCUUUGCAGCGUGCUCCAUGCAUCCGGAGCCCGCCCCGCCUCCGAGCAGCAACAGCCCUGAGCUUCCCCUCAGCGGCGGCAGCACCACCAGCGGCAGCCGCCGGAGCCGCCGCCACAGCGGGGACGGGGAGCCCCCGGGGUCGCCGCCGCCGCCGCCCGCGGUCACCUACCCGGACUGGAUCGGCCAGAGUUACUCCGAGGUGAUGAGCCUCAACGAGCACUCGAUGCAAGCGCUGUCUUGGCGCAAGCUCUACUUGAGCCGCGCCAAGCUCAAAGCCUCCAGCCGGACCUCAGCUCUGCUCUCCGGCUUCGCCAUGGUGGCCAUGGUGGAGGUGCAGCUGGAUGCUGAUCACGACUACCCUCCGGGGCUGCUGAUUGCCUUCAGUGCCUGCACCACGGUGCUUGUGGCCGUGCAUCUGUUUGCGCUGAUGAUCAGCACCUGCAUCCUGCCCAACAUCGAGGCGGUGAGCAAUGUGCACAACCUCAACUCAGUCAAGGAGUCACCCCACGAGCGCAUGCACCGCCACAUCGAGCUGGCCUGGGCCUUCUCCACUGUCAUCGGUACACUGCUCUUCCUGGCAGAGGUUGUGCUGCUCUGCUGGGUCAAGUUCUUGCCCCUCAAGAAGCAGCCGGGCCAGCCACGGCCCACCAGCAAGCCCCCACCCAGCAGCGAGGCCACCAACGUCAGCAGCAGCAGCCCUGGUGGCAUCACCCCGGGCCAGGCUGCCGCCAUCGCCUCCACCACCAUCAUGGUCCCCUUUGGCCUGAUCUUUAUCGUCUUCGCCGUCCACUUCUACCGCUCACUAGUCAGUCACAAGACGGACCGACAGUUCCAGGAGCUCAACGAGUUGGCUGAGUUCGCCCGCCUGCAGGACCAGCUGGACCACAGAGGGGACCACCCCCUGACCCCUGGCAGCCACUAUGCCUAAGCCCUCCCGGGCUGGGCACUUCAGAGCUUUGGCCUUAACGCCCUUCCCCAUGACCUUGUCCUGCCCUAGCCUCAAGGACAACCUGUGCAGGGGACUGGGCUUUCAUCAGGGGGCAGAGAGCGAGGGGAAGAGGCUUUUUUUUUUUUUUUAAAGAGAAGUUACUGCACUUUGAAACUUUCCUCUAAGAGAAUAAGCACUUCCUGUUCUUCCAGCUCCAGGUCCACCUCCUGUUCGGAGGCCACUGGUGGAAGCCAAAGCAGGGACAAAUGCUCCUUUUGUCCCUCCUCCUCUCCCGUGCCAAUGCCACCUGGGUGCCUCCUGUCCUUUCCGUCUUGACCCCACCCCCACCCCAUUCAGCCAUCAGGUGUGUGUGUGCGUGCGUGUGUGAACACAGAAAUAUACUCAUAAGGGACACCUCC